AUGAUUCUAUCUCGGUUUUUAGUUUAUACCUUCCUGUCUGCGCUUGCAGCUGCCACUCCGUUCACGAAAGAACCCCGAUCUAGGGACAUUCAGCCUAUAAGGGAGGCAUAUCCUGGUAUCUUUUGGGACGAUGCUCUCCUUCAGUGCGGCGACGAGGGAUUUGAUAUUCUUGUUGAGGCCACGAGAAUGGCGUUGGAGGUAGUAACCUUUCGCAUUGAUGGGCCAAUAUGGGAAUUACCAGCCUGGAAUCGUUACUUUAUUGGCCUUGGCGGAAAAGGCGGCUGGGAAUCUUCAGAAUUGAAAGGGCGUACAUUCGUCGACAUUCGCCAUAAUAUUAAACAGGUUGGCAUGUUUCCCAGAAACGGCAAGCCGAGCAGGGGUGGUCCAUUUAAACGCACAAAACAGGUAACUUACCGGUGCAAAGAGCCCGAGCUGACCAACCGGUGUGCUCAAGACCCAUCUAGUGGUGGAUAUUGGAGAGGACCAACAGCUUAUACUCAGAACCCAUCACUCACUGGGGAUGGAUGGGAAAUCGUCUUUUGUCCGCGAUUCUUCCGCGAAGAUAGGAUUCGAUACAUCAAUAGGAUCACCGAUGGACCGAGGUUACCUCACACUGAGAUCUCUAGGUUGAUAUCUUAUGAAUAUGCCAUCAUUCAUGAGUGGAUGCACGUUGAUAUAUUUGGCUACUUGUUUCACAUCGAGGACGUUGUUGCCGCCGUCCCCUUUCAUGCAGCACAGAGGAUAUACGGAGACAGUUUAUGCCACAAAUUUGCAUGGAUUAAUCUUGAUACGAUAGGGGGACCAGAUACGGGUGGAGUGAAUUUUAAAACUGCAAUGAACGCUGACAACUACGCUUGGUUCUUCAUCUACAAUUGGUUCCACCACAAAUGGAACUGGGAUUCCAAUGGCGCCUUUACACGCAGGAAGAGAUUGGUAGAGCGGGACGAGGAACCUGAGCCCUAUAAUGACCUUUCUGACACAGUGAUGGAUACCGAUAUUGACAUAAACAAGUUUAUAAUUCCAGUAAACUGCCAUGUCUCGGGAAAUGACUACAGGAACGCUCGCUGCGAUUACGUCGCAGGGGACUACGAUGACUUCGUCAAAGAGUUGCACGAGCCUUUCUAUACACGAAAGGGUUGCGUGCUAUCUGCGGAAUGCCACCUUUCCUUUGGUAACUAUGCAGUUGAUCCGAAAUGCACUUGCACCUGCGAUGAUGAAAUAACGCCGCUCAGAGAUCCGCGAUGUGAGGGCUUCGCAGGGUCGCUUCCAACCCCACCACGUACGUGA